AGCCCUCAAGUGUGGCCGGGGAAGCUUUGUUUCGCUUUUUGGCUGCCCACAUUUGGCAGCCAUGGGGAACACCGCGACGUGCUGCUACUCUGCAGACUCCCGCUGCUGCGGCACCGGCGGGGCCGAGUUGUCUGCGCCCGGACCAGUCGACCCUCUCAAGGAUGAGGACAAGCAAGCGGGAGAAGCAGGCACAACCGUUCCUGCAUUGUUGGAGGAGAAGAAAGAAGAGGCGCUGACACUGGAUGAGCAGGAGAAGCAGUUUGUAACCUACCAGGACGGAUCCACGUACACGGGCAUGAUCAAAGAAGGCAAGCGUCACGGACAGGGAGUUUGGCAAUCCAAAAACUGCCAGUACGAGGGACAGUGGAAGGCCGAUGCCCAGGAUGGACAGGGCAAGCAGACCUGGAGCGAUGGGCGUGUCUAUGAAGGACAGUUCCAGAGUGGGCGCUUCUCCGGAACCGGCAAGAUGGUCUGGCACACUCAGAAGGGCAUGUUGGUCUACGAGGGUCAGUACAAGGAUGACCUGAAGCAUGGCCACGGCAAGUUUGUGUGGCCGGACGGCCGGACCUACGACGGGGAGUGGAGCCAGGGCAAGCGUCAUGGACGCGGCACCUACAUCACCGCGAAAGCGGAGAGGAAGGUGGGCUACUGGGUGGACGACAAAUUCGACCGCUGGGAGAAGGAGGAUGCGUGAUCGAUCGACGCUCAGCAGCCGCUUCGUAGGCGCCGUUCGCUUGAAGCGGCUUGGGCCUAUGCGGCGGGCCUGGGUUCCAACCCCGCCGGGAUCUACAGAAUCGGGGGCAGGGUC